CAAGCUUCCUCAGAACAGCAGCACUUCAGCCAGCAAAACGCGCCAACCAGCUACCAGCGCGCGAAUCAGACCAGCGAAGACCGGAUAAAAAAAGCUUCACCUCCCGGCUCAGAUCCAGCUCAUUGGGGAGGGGGAAAUACAGAAAUUACCCGAACGGAAUAAAUCAUCCCAGGCUGCUUUGCCAAGAAACCCAGCCAAGCGGAGGAGUGUUAAAAAAGGCGCCGAGGAGGGAGACCGAAAGGACAAAGGGGGUCUUUUGCCCUUCCGCGCUGUCCGCCCUGACUCGAGCGAUGGUCAACAUGCAAGUGUGCGCCCUGGAUUGCGAGACGCUGCGCGACCUGCUCCAAGACCGCGGCUUACAAUGCCUGGUGCUGGACUGCCGAUCCUUUUUCGCCUUCAACUCCUCGCACGUCCGAGGCUCUUGCAAUGUCCGCCUCAGCACCAUCGUGCGGCGGAGGGCGAAGGGCGCCGUGGGCUUGGAGCACAUUCUCCCCAACGAGGAAGCCCGCGCCCGCCUGCACAAGCGCCUCUACAGCGCCGUGGUGCUGCUGGAUGAGCGCAGCGCCGAUCUCCAGGCGCCCAAACGGGACAGCACUCUCCAGCUGGCUCUUAACACCCUCUGCAGGGAAGCCCGGGACGCCCGUAUCUGCUUCCUCAAGGGAGGUUACGAAGCCUUCUCUUCCACCUUCCCUGAGCUGUGCACCAAGCCCUCGGCCCCUAAAGGCCUCACUUUGCCGCUCAACACCACCGUUGCCCCUGGCAGUGCCGAUUCCAGCUGCAGCUCCUGUGGAACUCCUCUCUAUGAUCAGGGUGGUCCAGUGGAAAUCCUACCUUUCCUGUAUUUAGGCAGCGCCUAUCAUGCUUCCAGAAAAGACAUGUUGGAUACUUUGGGGAUCACCGCCUUGAUCAAUGUCUCUGCAAACUGCCCUAACCAUUUUGAAGGGCAUUAUCAGUACAAAAGCAUCCCUGUGGAAGACAACCACAAAGCUGACAUCAGUUGCUGGUUUAAUGAAGCUAUUGACUUCAUAGACUCCAUCAAAAACAAUGGCGGACGAGUAUUUGUCCACUGCCAAGCUGGAAUCUCCCGCUCCGCAACCAUUUGUCUUGCUUAUCUUAUGAGGACCAACCAAGUCAAACUGGAUGAAGCCUUUGAGUUUGUGAAACAGAGAAGAAGCAUCAUCUCCCCUAACUUUAGCUUCAUGGGCCAGCUGUUGCAGUUUGAGUCCCAAGUCCUUGCUCCUAAUUGCUCAGCAGAGGCUGGAAGCCCAGCUAUGUCUGCACUGGACAGAGGAACAUCCACUACAACUGUCUUCAAUUUCCCUGUUUCCAUCCCUGUUCAUCCUGCUUCCAAUGCACUUAACUAUCUUCAGAGCCCCAUCACCACAUCUCCAAGCUGUUGAAAGGCAGGUGCCAACUGACUCUGUACAAAGACUUGACAUUUUGUUACCUGAAAAGUGCAAUAACUUUAGGAGGAGAUCUAUUAGUUUAUAUGGGGCUCCUCUUGUUACAUCUACAAAGCAAUACAGAAUCACCAGCAGAUCAACAUUUCUGACUCCAGAAAGCGAGGUUCUUUCUGAUAGAUGAUCUUGACAGAGAGGCAUUUUUGACCAAUGUUUGGAUGCCCACAAAGUAGACAAAGCACAAAGGACUUUGCUUCCUACUCCUGAAAAAUUCCCAUUACUGUCUUUUUCCCUUUGCUGUUUCAGUAGCAAAUCCAACAGAAUUCUCAUUCUCUCGGUAUGCUGUCCCCUUGUACAAGAACAUCUUUGUAUUUAUUUAUUUUUUCUCGUGUAAUUGCAAUGAGUGUUCGUCUUCAAGUCUGAAUUUUCAUUUUCUUGUCUUUUUUUUUUUUAAAGAAACAAAAUACCUCAGGUGGGUUUUUUUGGUACUGUAAUCCUACAAAAACAUCUUAAAACUGUUUCCAAAGCACUGACAUGGAAAGCACAAAGAAGUGUUGUGAGGGUUUUUUGGUUGCUAGCGGUUGUAUGCUUGCUGAAUUUAUUUAUGAUGUGAAAUAAUAUAUUUUCUUCUUACAAAAGAAGACAGGUUUUGUAAUAAUUAUGCCUUUUAUACAAACCAAAUAAAUUAUGACAUUUCUACUAAAAAAAA